CACACUAGAGAUUUGACCGUGCCGAGCGCGCAACUCGUUUUUAAGGCCGCGCUAGAUCGCCACUGAGGGCGGCAGUGGGCUUAUCAACACUCUCACAGCCCCGCCGCAGCGCUGCGCGACCCGCGCGCGCCGCCGCCGCGCCGCGUAGCCGACAGAGACCGGUCCUUGCGGAGGAGGGACAUACGAGACCAAGAUGGCCGCGACGCCGCAAGAGUCCUCCUUCGGCCGCGGCGCCAUCGUCCGCGUCAAGCUCUUCCAGUUCCUGACCUACGAGGCGGCGUGCUUCGGCGUCGAACGCGUUUCCCGCCGACGCGACGCGACCCUCUCUACGCACAGGUGGAAUUCCGGCCCGGACCCAGAUUGAAUGUGGUCAUGGGCCCGAACGGUACCGGCAAGUCGAGUAUUGUCAUGGCCAUCGCCGUCGGGUUAGGUGCGGCCCCGAGACAACUAGGUCGAGCGGACACGCUAUCGGAGUUCAUCCUGACGGGUCGAGACGUGGCCGUUACGGAGUUAGAGCUACUAGACGACGAAGCCACGGGCAGAACCCGAACGAUCGAGCGAAGGAUCACGCGCUCCCAAAGAGGCACGUCCAAGUGGAAGAUCGACGGCAAGUCCGCGACGGAGCCACAAGUGAAGGAACUCGUGGAGAAGGACCUCAAAAUUCAGAUCGGCAACCUGUGCACUUUUUUACCGCAGGAGAAGGUCGGCGAGUUCUCGGCCUUUGAUGAUAUUGGGUUGUUGAGAGAAACGGAGAAAGCGUUGGGCGGCCAAGACCUCGUCGAUAAACACGAGGCGCUCAUCAAGGCCGAGAAGGCGGCGUCGGAGGGGGCCCGGCGCAUACGCACGGCCGCCGAGGAGCUCGAGGACUGCGAGAAGCGGUUGAAAGAGUUGGAGCCGGAGCAGGCUCGUCUUGAGAGAAGACAGCGGCACGUCGAGAAGGCGCGGCUCUGCGAGCAGCGCCUGGCGUGGGUCAAGUUCGAGGAGAAACGCGAGUUGGCUCUAGCCGCGAAGGAGGCGAAGAAAACGGCCGUGGAGAAGGUCAAGGAAGCUGAUGAAGAAGCCCAGCCGCUCAGAGAAGAGCGCGACCGCGCCGAGCGCGCCAGACAACAAGCGAAACAGAAGUACGACGCCAAGCAACGGCAGACCGCGGACGCCUUCGCUCACCUCGAGCGAGAUAAGAAGGACCUCGAGAGAAGGUUGGAGGACCUCGAGAGCGAAAAGGACUCCUCGAAGAACGCGGAGCAGCGCGCGGCCAAGGCCAAGGCCCACGCCGAGAAGCUGCGGAAGGCCGCGGACACGGCGCAACGCGCGCUCGAAGCUUUAGGGACUGUCGAUGUGAUCGGGUUGAAGAGACGCGUUAAUGCGUUGAAGCCUGCGUUAGUGGAAGCGCAAACAGCUUCUAGACGGGCGCAGGACGCCGCGCAGGACGCCCGAGAUGCACUGACACCUUUACAACGAGACCUGAAGGCCGCGAAGCAACAACUGCAAAAAGUGUCGACCGUGAAGUUGCGCCAGCAGACCUUCGAGCGGGCCCACGGGCGGGCCGGGAGCGAAGCGGUGCGGCUGCGGCAGUGGUUGGAUCAGAACUCGGGGAGAUUUAGGAAGCCUGUAUUGGGUCCCGUCGCGCUGGAGACGGACGUCGAGGACGACGGCGCCAGGUGCGCGCUCGAGCACGCCGUGGGCUCGUGGAUCUGGACGUCGUUCGUCUGCCAGUCGAAGACGGAUUAUGAUGCGUUGUACGACUUCAUCAACAACAACAGUGGGUUCAAGACGAUCAACCUCCAGAACGCGGAGACCCUCAAAGGCAAAGGAAAAUGUUUUUAUGAUGCUGCGAAGCUGUCGCAGAUGCGGAAGCUCGGGGUGCGGGACACGCUCGAUAGCUUCGUCGAGGCCCCACCGGCCAUCAUGGAGGUUUUAUACGGGCACCACAUGAUCCACAACGUCGUGCUGGGAGAUAGUAGUAUGGAGUCGAAUAUUCAGAGAUUGGAGCCGUUGUUAACCGGUCCCCAAGGCUACCUCGCGCUGUCGGCGACGCAGGAAGGCCCCAACCCGAAGGUCCAGAUCAUUUCCAGGUUCCAAGCUUACGUUUCUCGAUACGGUAACAAGGAUACGACUACAGCUACCAGUAGGAAGCAGUACUCCUCCCAGAAACUACCAGCACUGGACGACGGCAACACCGAUGAUAAAACGAGACUCGAACAGGACGUGAAGAAGGCGGAACGCGCGCUCGACGCCGCCACCAAAACGGCAGAAAGACUAGAAAAAGAAGCCGACGUAAAGCAGUGCGCCGCCGACGACGAGGCCAAGAGGGUCCAGGUCGCGGGCAAGGACCUCGCUGCUUUUAAUAAAGCGACGCGGAACAAGGAUGCCUGUGAAGAAAAAGCUCAGCGGGCCGAGGCGAAGGCCCAACGCGAGGAGAGCGAAAAAGACAAAUUGAAAGCAAGUCAGACGCGGAAGCUCGAACAACGCUUAGAAGCGGUCACCAAAGUCUUCGGCGCGUGCGCGGCGGGCUGCAAGGACUUGCACGCGUGCACGGAGAAGGUGGCUUACGUCAUGGUUGAAAGGGAUGCGGCCAAGGACGCCUCGGCGCGAGCCGUCGAAGCUCUCCAGGACAAGGAGCAGGAGACGCAGCAGCUCCAGGACGCGGCGAAGAAGGCCAUCGCCGCGUUCGACGUGUUGAAGGGCGAAGCUAGGGCUCUGAAGGAGGCUGCGGAGGAAAUAGCCCCGUACGACGACAACGACUUACAUGCGAAACUCCAAGAGUUGCCCGAGGAUUCGGCGAGUGUCGAAGCCAUCUUGGACGCGGAGCGCAAGGAGGCUUCUCGCAUUCAUGAAGAUAGGGGUCUCCAGAAGCGCGUCGAGGAACUGCAAAAGAAGAGAGAUGCAUUGAAGGAGAAGGUCGACGGCAUGCAGGGCGCCGACGACGCUCGCACGGCGGAGCUGAAUAAACUGCGGGGGCCCUGGGAGAAGACGCUGCGCGACGCUCUAUCUUCUCUGAAGACCAAAUUCGGCGAUUACAUGGAGACGCUGGGCGCUAGAGGCGACGUCGAGCUGGUCGAGCAGCCGACCUUUGCCAGGUGGGGCUUAGCUAUUAAAGUUGCUUUCAGAGAUGCUUGCGAUUUACGACAGUUAGAUGCGCGAGUGCAGUCGGGCGGUGAACGAAGUGUUUCUACCAUAAUGUUCCUCAUGGCCCUGCAGGCGCACUUGCCGUCUCCCUUUCGCGUGGUCGAUGAAAUCAACCAAGGCAUGGACGAGGUCAAUGAGCGCAUAGUGUUUAGAAGGGUGGUGUUGAAUAGUACGGGCCCUGGGGCACCGCAGUACUGGCUCAUCACGCCCAAAUUAUUGCAGGGUUUAUAUGAUAUGGAGCAUCCUGAUGUUCGAGUGCUGGUCGUCUACAACGGCGCGCACAACAUCAAGCGCCCGCGCGACUGGGACCUCGACGCGUUCCUCGGCGCGAAGCGAAGAUUGGUGGGGGCGAACUAAGAAGAACGUGCGUGUUA